CGGCCGGCGGGGCUCGGAGCCAGGACCGCGUCCCAGCCAUGCCGGCCCGGCGGCUGCUCUUCCUGCUGCUGCUGCGGCUGCUGCUGCCCGGCUCCGGGAUUUUUGGAAGUGCGAGCACAGUAACGCUGCCUGAAACCUUGCUGUUUGUUUCAACACUGGAUGGAAGUUUACACGCUGUCAGCAAGAGAACAGGCUCGAUCAAGUGGACUUUAAAAGAAGAUCCGGUCCUGCAGGUCCCAACACACGUGCAAGAGCCUGCCUUUCUCCCAGAUCCCAACGAUGGCAGCCUGUACACGCUUGGGGGCAAAAACAAUGAAGGCCUGACGAAACUUCCCUUUACCAUCCCAGAACUGGUGCAGGCGUCCCCAUGCCGAAGUUCAGAUGGAAUCCUUUACAUGGGUAAAAAGCAGGACAUUUGGUAUGUCAUCGACCUCCUAACUGGCGAGAAGCAGCAGACCUUGUCAUCAGCCUUUGCAGACAGUCUCUGCCCAUCAGCUUCGCUUCUGUAUCUUGGACGGACAGAAUACACCAUCACCAUGUAUGACACCAAGACCCGUGAGCUGCGCUGGAACGCCACCUAUUUUGACUAUGCGGCUUCGCUGCCCGAGGACGAUGUGGACUAUAAGAUGUCCCAUUUUGUGUCCAAUGGUGAUGGACUGGUGGUAACUGUGGACAGUGAAUCUGGGGACGUCCUGUGGAUCCAAAACUAUGCCUCCCCUGUGGUGGCCUUCUACGUCUGGCAGCGGGAGGCUUUGAGGAAGGUGAUGCACGUCAAUGUCGCUGUGGAGACUCUGCGCUAUCUGACCUUCAUGUCUGGGGAGGUGGGGCGCAUCACCAAGUGGAAAUACCCGUUCCCCAAGGAGACGGAGGCCAAGAGCAAGCUGACACCCACCUUGUAUGUUGGGAAGUACUCCACCAGCCUGUACGCCUCCCCCUCCAUGGUGCAUGAUGGCGUUGCAGUCGUGCCUCGCGGCAGCACCCUGCCAUUGCUGGAAGGCCCUCAGACUGAUGGUGUCACCAUUGGAGACAAAGGGGAGUGUGUGAUCACCCCCAGCACAGACCUCAAGUUUGACCCUGGACUCAAAGGGAAGAGUAAGCUGAACUACUUGAGGAAUUACUGGCUUCUCAUAGGCCACCACGAAACCCCACUGUCUGCAUCUACCAAGAUGCUGGAGAGAUUUCCCAACAAUUUACCCAAACAUCGGGAAAAUGUGAUUCCUGCCGAUUCGGAGAAAAACUUUGAGGAAGUUAUCAAUCUGGUUGACCAGAAUUCAGAAAACACACCAACCACUGUGUCUCAAGAUGUGGAAGAGAAGCUGGCUCGUGCGCCCGCCAAGUCUGAGGCCCCCGUGGACUCCAUGCUCAAAGAUGUGGCAACCAUCAUUCUGAGCACAUUCCUGCUGGUCGGCUGGGUGGCCUUCAUCAUCACCUACCCUCUGAGCGUGCACCAGCAGCACCAGCUCCAGCACCAGCGGUUCCAGAAGGAGCUGCAGAAAAUCCAGCUCCUGCAACAGCAGCAGAUGCCCUUCCACUCAGAUGGAGACCUGACCCAGGACGCGGAGCCACUGGACACAUCCAGCCACUUCUCUGAGAGCUCGGGCACCAGCAGCCCCAGCCUGUCGCCAAAAGCCUCCGACCACUCUCACUCCAGCAGCUCCGCCUCCAGAGGGGCUGGCACCAGCCCCCUGCUGGAACAGGAUGACAAGGAUGAAGAGACCAGCAUGGUAAUUGUUGGGAAAAUUUCAUUCUGUCCCAAGGAUGUCUUGGGCCAUGGAGCUGAGGGCACAAUUGUGUACCGGGGCAUGUUCGACAGCCGCGAUGUCGCUGUGAAAAGGAUCCUCCCUGAGUGUUUCAGCUUCGCGGACCGUGAGGUCCAGCUGCUUCGAGAAUCUGACGAGCACCCCAACGUGAUCCGCUACUUCUGCACGGAAAAGGACCGGCAGUUCCAGUAUAUUGCCAUUGAGCUGUGUGUGGCCACCCUGCAGGAGUAUGUGGAGCAGAAGGAUUUUGCCCACCUUGGUCUAGAGCCUAUCACCUUGCUGCAGCAGACCACCUCGGGCCUGGCACACCUGCACUCCCUCAACAUUGUUCACAGAGACCUGAAGCCCCACAACAUUCUCCUCUCCAUGCCCAAUGCACAUGGCAGGAUCAAGGCCAUGAUCUCUGACUUUGGCCUCUGCAAGAAGCUGGCAGUGGGCAGGCACAGCUUCAGCCGCCGCUCUGGGGUACCUGGCACCGAAGGCUGGAUUGCCCCAGAGAUGCUGAGUGAAGACUGCGAGGAGAACCCUACCUACACAGUGGACAUCUUCUCUGCAGGCUGUGUCUUUUACUACGUCAUCUCUGAGGGUAGCCACCCUUUUGGCAAGUCUCUGCAGCGGCAGGCCAACAUCCUCCUGGGCGCCUGCAGCCUUGACUGUUUUCACUCAGACAAGCAUGAAGACAUUAUUGCCCGGGAGCUGAUAGAGAGAAUGAUCGCCAGGGACCCUCAACAGCGGCCCUCUGCAAAGCGUGUGCUGAAGCACCCAUUCUUCUGGAGCCUAGAAAAGCAGCUCCACUUCUUCCAGGAUGUGAGUGACCGGAUAGAAAAGGAGUCUUUGGAUGGCCCAAUCGUGAAGCAGUUAGAGAGAGGUGGGAGAGCCGUGGUGAAGAUGGACUGGCGGGAGAACAUCACUGUGCCCCUGCAGACAGAUCUACGUAAAUUCAGAACCUACAAAGGCGGCUCUGUCCGAGACCUCCUCCGAGCCAUGAGAAAUAAGAAGCAUCACUACCGGGAGCUGCCCGGGGAGGUGCAGGAGACGCUCGGCUCCCUGCCCGACGACUUCGUGCGCUACUUCACCUCGCGCUUCCCGCGCCUCCUGUCGCACACCUACCAGGCCAUGGAGCUGUGCAGCCGUGAGAGACUCUUCCAGCCCUACUACUUCCAUGAGCCCCCGGAGCCCGAGCCCCGAGCCACUCCAGAUGCCCUCUGAGCCGGGCAAGCCCUCUGGUCUGUGACUGCGGGCCUGGCCUCUGCGUUCCCGAGCUGGAUGCCCGCCAGCUUAGCAGGGAGACCAGGCUGCCCCCACCAAGUGCCUUGAGCUGCCACUCUGCAGCUAGCAGAGGAUAACGCUGACCCUCGCAAGUGGGAGCGGGGACCCCUCAUGACCGCGGGGAGCUGAGAAGACGGCAGCCCAGAAGCUGUACAGGCGAGGACGUCUGCAAAGGAGGACCCGUCCCAGAGCCGCGCAAGGAGCACCAUCGCCCUGUGCUGGAUGAACUCGCUUCGGCUCUCGUAUCUACCUAAAGUUCCUGCUGUUGGCAGUCCAGGGCCCUUCAGGAAGGGCGCAGAGGAAUUCUGGCUCGCUGUGUGCUAGGAGCAGUUAGGCCGAGAUGCAGUACGCUCAGCCUCUGCUAAAAGUGGCUCAAGAAGCAGCAGGGUGCUCAAUACGGGGCAUUCAGAGGUGUUGUGAUGGGGACAGGGGGCACCUUAUUGAUCACAGAUGUGCCCAGAGCGCCCAUGUUACCUCAAGCAGCAGAGCUGUGGGCACCGGCAGGUGAAGUUAGGGACUGGCCGCUGACGCACGUGGACGGCGGGGAUGUUGUGGGUGUCUGGCGGUGAACAGGUGCAGCGCUGGCCCAGGGCACCAGUGGCCUAAACAGUGGCCAUGGUGGAUUGCGUUGUUGGCCUCUGGGGCUAGAUGUGAAGAGUUCCCUGGCCAUCAGUGAGGGCAUCCAAGACUAGGGGACAGGCCUUCAGGACCAGAGGGAAACAACCAAAUUGGAGCAUCCCAGCCACCUGGAGAAAGAUCUGAGCCAGACAGAAGAGGGCGAGCAAUGAGGUCCCUCUGUCCCUGAGGCCAGCAGAUCAGCACACACCUUGCGAGUGGGAGCUGUGGGGUGCGUCCCAGGACCAGGGUCGCUGUGGGCUUCCUGGGUCAGCUUGUUUCUCCUGGCAAGUUUUAGUGACUGUAUUUUGAUCAUACUGAAGAAAGCUAUAUAAUAAGUAAGCUUAAACUUAACUUGAAGCUUACUCGCAAAGAAGCAAUGCAAGACAUAAUAGUUUUCCAUUUUGUGCCAUACCAAAAUAUUGCCAUCCCCUCAAGAAUGUAGAACAUUCUCUAAUGCAGAAGACUAAAACAGUAUAGCAACACUAGGUAAAUGUAUUGCCAAAGUAAAUUAUAUCAGUACCUUUCCCCCUAAAAUUAAUAUAGUUUUUAACUUUAGUUUUAGUCAAACUUCCUGUCUUCUCCCCCCAGGGCCUGAGGGGUUAAAAGGCAGCCAGUGCUGGGUGGGGGGUGCUCUGUGUGCAGCUCCUCCAACCCGUGAGGGUUCGCUGCACUCCUGUCAGGCUGGAGCUCGUUCCUUUGUGGAUGGCAAGAGUGGCCCUGCCAGUGGGAGUCACUGCUGCUUCCUGAGACAGGGCUUCUGGGGUGUUGCCGCGCGGCCCGCUCUCGCAGGGCGUCCUCUGCCUCUGUAGAAGUCCGUCCUCUCGCUUCCGUAAGGGCCAAUGUGGGCUUUGUCUUAUAUGGUCCUAUGUCUUUGAACCUAUGGGUCACCCCAUUUCGACCUUGGGACCUCGGCCCCACAGUGGCUCCCUGCACAUCUCAUACCGUAGCACUUUUUGUCCAUGGCCCAGGAGGUGACAGCACAAGACAGGUCAGGAGGUCGGGCAGUGCCAUCUGUGGCCGGACAGGACAGUCACGGGGCACUGCUGCUCGCCUUGUCCUCGUAGCUGUCUUCCCUUUGGAAGGUGCCAAGGAGAUCUGUGGGGGCCUGACUUGGUGUGGUAUCCCCAUUUGAACUCAGCUUGCUUUUCAAAUGCCCUUUCCGCUUAGACUUCUCAAAGUCGUGUGUUCAGCAGGUUUGAUCUGAGCAUUUUCCAUAUGGAGCUAGGCGAGACAUAAAAUGCCAGACAGGAAAAGCUGCCUUUGUGAAGUUUCUCACAAGAGUUGGCAGCAAGUAUCUGGCUAACAAGAAAACCCAGGUGUAUGGAAAGAGCGUGUGUUUGGGGUUUGCCCCUGUUCUGCCUUAAAACUGCCCUGUCCCAGAAUCUGUUCCCAUCAUUUCCGUCUGUCCUCUCCCCGACACCUUUAGGGAACAGGCAGUGGUCAGCCCUUCAAGUUUGUCUGGAGAGGGGUCCAUUGUCAUGGGAACUGUGGGCAUCAUCUCACAUACCCACUUGGUAGGACUCUAGUUUCCCAUUGUGCCCACAAGGGAAGCUGUCUUUCUUCAGGCCAGAGGAGCUGUGCAGUGGCACGUCUCUGGGGGCUUCUCCAGUCCCUGGAUGGCUGUGUAACUAGAAGCUUAUUCUCUUCAUCUUUAAGGUGGCAUCGAGUUGUGUGUUGGGAAGGAAAUGUUUGAAGUUUGCCUUUUGUUGAACCUCUCUCCUGCCCACAUGCCGGAAUUUCUCUUGCUGUUUGUUGAGUCUUUUCAGUUUCCAUGAGGCACCAAAGCGUUUGGAGAACACUGUGUCCCUUGAUAAAUCACUAGCAAUGGGUGACUGAAGGUGAAUCCUGGGUACAGACGUGUCCCCUGCUCUCGGUGCCGCAGCAGUUGGCUUUUCCCCACGGUCAGGACAGAGCGGGACCGCGGUAGUGGUCUGAGGACAGUGGGUCCAGCCCUGUGCUUCCUGCCACCAACUCUAAAAAUAAUUAAGUCCUGGUCAGGGUUGACUUGACCUUGCAGAGAGGUUGUGUGCGCAUGGGAUUCAGUUAUCAUUGACAGCUCUAUCUCCCUCAGUGAAGAGAGGUCUCUGGAGUGACCUCCCGCGGGUGCUGUGACCCCGCACUCAGGAGCUGCCUUUUGGCUGCUUGGCGGUCACCUCCCAGCUGCUUCCUUUCCAACGCGUGCACUUGGGCCCUGUGUGAUUUCCGUCUGUUCAUGAGGUCCUUGUCAGUCUGUCUGUCUGAAAGCACCGGAAGAGCCUCCUCAGCUCCCCACUUGCCCUUCCUGUUGCUGUGAUCUGCUUCCAGCAGCUCUGCUCCUUGUCCACCUCCCCCUCCGGGAGCAGCGACACUCGACUCUCCUGGCCUUGGCAUUCCCCAAGGUCAUUCUUCCUUCUACUGCGGAGCCCAGAUUCUGCCUGUCAGGCUCCGGCCAUUGUCUUUGAAUCCAAAGCGUCUCUCCUCUCAUUCUUGCUUUUCUCUAGGAACGUGUGAUUCUCCAUGAGUAACUCUGGUUGGUCUGGGCACGCAAGUCCUUUCUGUGUGUCCUGAAAAGCUGCAAAGACCUGUGUGCCUGAGCCUCCCUCCAGAGCUGCCCUUGCCAUGCUGCUGACCAUCCCGUGUGGCCUGGCCUCUCCUGCACCCCACGUGUUUGUGGAUACAGUAUUCCUUCCCAGUGUCCCUAAAGCUGUGACGGGGGGACCCCCAUACACCUACUAAGCAUUACUGGUCAACUAUACGGUGUUCUCACCUGCGAACCUUAUGUAGUGUUCUUUUUGCAAUGACCUAUUUAUUGAACCUAUUUAUAUUUAUUUAAUUUUUACUCCGAAGUAUAUCCAAUUACAAUUGCACUUACUUAAAGCACAUCAGAUAAUGUUUUGGACAAUACCCCUGGCCAUUUUAAAACUGGAAAAGGAAAAGUUAUACUGUAUCCUUCUGCCUAAAGGUAGUCUUGUCUUUAAAGGGUGAGUAAUUUGGUCGGGGUAAAAUGUUAAUUUUUAGAUGAUUUUUAAAAUAUUGUGGAAUGUGUCUUCUCUGUGGACAGUUAAUUGUUUAAUUAGUAUAUGUUGAUUGUUUGAUACAGUCCUCUUUGUGGAACCCCAAAUCCUCCUUUUAGCUUUAUAUUAUAAACUGCCAGAUUGUACAAUUCUAUGUGUAUUUUUAAAGCUUGAUGAUAUGAAGUUAUGUAUGUUAAGCGGCCUAUUUUUGUACCUCCUGUACAGUUUUAUAAUUCUGCUGAUUGAUGAAGGUGACUUCCGUUGAGCCAACCACAAAUAAAAGGAGUUUUAGACUUGGGA